AUGGGCCUGAAUCAUUCUAAGACUCACCCUAGGGUGACCAAAGUAGCGCCUUACCAAAACAAAGAAGGAGAGACUGCCUUGGCUGACCCUGUGGACUUUGCAUUUAAUCAGAAUCUGGAAGAACAGAGUUCGUGUUCGCUCGCAACAGUGCAGGACCGGAGUGCAGCUGUAGGAAGACAACUGCCCCCUCUACGAGAUACCUGGUAUGGAAGACACUCUGCAGUGCCCAGGCCCAUCUAUUUUGACAUCCCAGUGGAACAGGGAGAAACAAGUAUUAUUAAAAGGCAUCCACCCCGAAGACUUCAAAAGCUUGAACCAGUUUUCUUACCAACAAUAAUUACUGCUGAAAGGCACCUGUGCCUGCAAGAAGCUGAGAGAACUCACAAAGCAAAGCAGGGACUGGAAGAGAAGAUGCAAACUUCAAUGUAUACUUCUGGGACCAGACAAUAUUUGCAUAAGAUGCAAAUGCUGGAAAUGAACCGUAAAAGACAAGAGGCCCAAGUGGAGUUGAAGAAAAGCCUUCACAGGGAGUCAAAGACCAGUAAACAAAAAUCAAGAGAAAAUAAAGCCAAGAAAACCUUUCAAAGAAAUGAUGUCGGUGAUUACAUAACCUUGUUGCCUGAUGAAAGCUUGAUUACAAGUCCAGGAAAGCUACAAAGUGCAGAAUUUUGGGAACAUCAAGCAAGGAAUGACUACUGUCCACAGCAAAUUGGCAAGAUGGAGUCGUGGUUCCGUGAACAAGAAACCCGGGGACAGCUUCUCUGGGACAGUUCUAGCUCGGACUCAGAUGCAUCGGGCAAAGAUGAGAGGAAACCCCGGGCACUGGUGAGGACCAGGACAGAGAGAAUCCCACUUUUUGAUGAGCUUUUUGAUCAAGAAUAA